CCCCUUUCUCAGCGCCGCGGGACCUUCACUCCGGUGGGGGUCUUUCUUCCAACCGUGAGGGCCACCCGCUCUUCUCGGGUGAGGAGGACAGCUCCGAAGCGGCCCCUGCAGGUCCCCACGCUGGGCUGCAGCCUACGGGCCGCGUUGGGAGCGGCCACUCCCGGCCCGGGUCCGAGCUGUCAGCCUCUCCAGCACCCGCAGCGGAGGAUCCUGGACACUCCCAGCGCGGGCUCCAGCUGCUGCCGGCGUCCAGCUGCCAACUUUCUGCCUGGAUCUCUGUUUCUUCAUUUCACCGGUCUCCUCAGACCGAAGCCCUCCGGGUAUGUGACAGCCAUGCCCGUGGACACGCUGACUCCCGGAGCCCCCGCCGCCCCCGCCCUACCUUUGCGCCUGCGGACCAAGGUCCCCGGCUACCUGCUACGGAGGCCAGCAGACUGUGGAGCCCGGAAACCGAGUGCUGUGGAGCGCCUGGAGGCCGACAAGGCCAAGUACGUCAAGAGCCUGCAUGUGGCCAACACCCGCCAAGAACCUGUGCAGCCGCUGCUGUCCAAACAGCCACUCUUUAGCCCCGGGACUCGCCGCACAGUGCUCACGCCCAGCCGCCGAUGUCUGCCUGGCCCUGGCCGCCGACCCCAGCUGGACCUGGACAUCCUCAGCAGCCUCAUCGACUUGUGUGAUAGUCCCGGGUCCCCUGCUGAGGCCAGUCGUACCCCUGGACGGGCAGAGGGAGCCGGCCCGGCCCCUCCAGUCACGCCUCCACGCCCGCCACCCAGCACGGCUGCGGUCCGCCGAGUGGACGUCCGCCCCCCGCUGCCUGCCUCACCUGCCCUCCCCUGUCCGUCACCCGGCACUGCCGCCGCCUCCAGCCCAGCCUGGCCACCGGGUUUGCAACGCUCAAAGUCAGACUUGAGCGAGCGCUUCUCGAGGGCAGCAGCUGACCUUGAGCGCUUUUUUAACUUCUGCGGGCUGGACCCAGAGGAGGCACGGGGGCUGGGUGUGGCCCACCUGGCACGGGCCAGCUCGGACAUUGUGUCCCUGGCCGGGCCCAGUGCUGGACCGGGCAGCUCUGAGGGGGGCUGCUCCCAUCGCAGCUCUGCUACUGUGGAGGAACGAGCUGGGGAGCGCGCCCCAUACGGCGUGUCGGUGGUAGAGCGCAAUGCCCGAGUGAUCAAGUGGCUGUAUGGACUGCGGCAGGCGCGAGAGACCCCAGCAGCUGAAGGCUAGGCUCCCCUGGACUCGGAAUUUGCCACAGGACAGAUCUUAGAGAGGUACUGGUCCCUUGACCUCUCUUGCAUCCAUUCCCUGGCUCUGGGCAGAACAGAGGCUGCUCCCUUGGGUGAACCUGUAUGGAGGCUUAGGGGCUGGACCAGCAUCCUCUGGCAAGGACUGAAGCCCCCACCCCCACUCCCAGGUGCAAGGAUUUUUGACAUGAAUGUACUGCUGCUUGGUUUCUCUUCCUCUCAUGGGGCUGGAUUUGGGGCGCUUAGCCCUCCCCACUGAGAGCGAGGGGCCCAGGGAUCUCACCAAGCCUGUUUACCCAGUAGUUCUGUUUCCUCCUUCCUUCCU